GUGAACCUUGGGUAUAUAGUACCAGUUUAUCUGUCUGUGGCACCGCUCGUUAAUUAUACUCACUCACCGUCCACGGCUUCAUUCACGUAACACCCUGCCUCACAAUCACUACCAUGGAUCCACGAUCGCUCCUCCUGUUGGCGCUAGCUUUUGUUCCUGCCUCUUUCACGCAAACCUGCACCAACCAAGAUGCGUGUCUAGUAAGCUGCGAGGGUUGUACUGGCAUCACCAUGGUCCAUGACCCUAUCAACUGCCACCGCUUCUAUUACUGUAAUGAUGACCAGCUGCUUACCGACAGUCCCUUUGAAUGUCCGAAUGGACAAGAGUUUAAUCCACAGACUCAUGCAUGCGAAGCUGAUUUGGACGGAGAGGAAUGCAGGCCUCCUUGCGCCUCCAAGGGAGAGUGCCACUACAAUUGCCAGCCAGGUGAUCCACUGAUCGCUUCACUCUAUGACUGUGGGACAUACUAUGUAUGUGACGAUGAGGGCAACUUUGGACUUCCAAAGACUUGUCCCCCUGAGAGACCAUUCUUUGACGGAACGGAGUGUCAGACAAAUGAGACUCUCUGCUGUCACUGCCACGGCUACUGUUUCCCAGGUGAUGAAGGCAGAUUGGUGGUGGAUCCCAAAGACUGCCGCAGAUAUUAUAUAUGUGUCACUGAAGGAGUGCCGGUCUACUCUGGAACCUGCGACAAAGGAGAACAUUUCGAUGCCGUUUCCCGACAGUGUUCGACAGAAGCGCCCUGCCGCACGAUGUGUCGCAAUGUGAUCGGUGCCGAUGGCUGCAUUGAAAAUUUUACCUGCCGAGGAAAAGGAGAAUUCGCCAAGUGCCCAAAUAAAUGUUUCCCCGAGUACUAUAACUGCUUGGAGUUUAGCGACACCUAUGCCCCAGCAGUACUUUGUCGCAACGACAAUUACGUGUUUGAUCCCGAGGAACUUGAAUGUGUUCAUGAGGAUCGUUGCAGCAUAAACUAAGGCUAUGCCAUGACUCCCGUGAUCUGCCACAUCUACGAGGGUUCACCUCUGGUGUGUUCUUAAUACACACUUAAUUUGACACCUGACCUCCACUUGUUUCCUCCUAACAAUAACAAUGAUUUAUUUUCUUAAUCGAUAUAUGUUUAAUUAAACUCUCAUGAAAUGCAUUUUUUGAUUGAAAUAUAAUAUUUAAAAGCGUUUAAUCUUUAUGCGAAAUAUCAUUGCAGAAAAAAAUAUGCACAUCUUCAAUAUUUUCCUGUGUUGAAUGGUUUGUGCUACUGUACUACGUGUGUCCAGCGGUGCCUGGGACCAAUUGUGGAUCAAAGGGUCCGAGAUGAGGGGGAUGCAGCCACCCUCUAUUGUUUUUUUUUUUUUUUGUUAUUAAGAAAGAUGUUGUAUAUUGCAUAGUGUAAGGUAAUAGGUAUAUACGGAACAAUGAUUUAACAAGGCUUUCUGAAAAUGUUAUUAUUUGUCCUUAUUGAGCAAAGUUAAUCUAACUUUGUUAUAUGAAAUCUAGGAUAUGUUAAAUAUAAUGCCAGUGCAACUGUAUAAUUCUCUCUCUCUCUCUCUCUCUCUCUCUCUCUCUCUCUCUCUCUCUCUCUCUCUCUCAGCACACCACAAUUUCCCUGAAUACUUUGGUUAUUCACAUUUUUUACACAACUAAAAUUUUCCUUUGUGCCAUUUUGUUAUCAUGAAAAAAAUAUUAAAAAAAAAACCGUUUUGUGUAAGAAUACGA